AUGGCUGAUCCCUUGAGUAUUGCAGCAUCGAUAAUCGGCAUUGCAGCUGCCGCGGCUAAAGUAGCUGGUUUCUUAUCAGCUUUCAUCUCUAGCACUGCUGAUGCACCAAUUUCUGCGGCAUCGGCCCUGGCGUCAGUAGAGGAGAUGAAGAUUACGCUAUCCGCCAUUCAGCCACUCAUGGACUCUCUCCAUGCCGUUCCAUCGUCUCGAAAGGGGUUGAUUCAGCUGGACCAUCUUUCAGUCAUCAUCACACAUUCCGUUUUGACAAUAUCAGAGUUAGAAUCCAUUGUCUGCUAUGAAGACGGACUCAUGUACCGCAUUCGAUGGGCGUGGAACGAGAAGCGAGUGCUUGGGCUGCUGCCUCGGCUGGACUCUCAAAAGUGCUCCCUGGCCCUGAUGGUCUCCAUUUUACAAAGUGAAUCCGAUAUCAACGCUCGCGAGUGCCAAAAUCGGCUGCUCCUGAAAGUAGACGAAAUCUUGAAACAGAACGAGGCCCUAGUAGAGCGUUUGCAACCAAGACCAGGAACGUUCAACGCUGGUGUGCCUUCUGUGAAAUUCCUAGAUGGCUCGGCAUCAUUCAUGUCCGAGAGACGGGUGUCAAUUCAAAGUGUCAUGAGUGUCGCUAGUUUAGCUCUGAGCACGGCUCGAAGACAGUCAUCCAUUGCGAUUUCCAGAUUUUCCAUCGCUUCUCACUUUGAAGCGGCCCUUGCGAGAUCAAGAGUGUACACUCGCGCCAUAUCGGAGGAAGACAUGUCGUUCACAACUUCCACAGCACCGACCAACGCCUGGAGUAUGCUAUCUGGUCUAAGCUUGAACGACAUCUCCGUGGUUUCUGCAUUCCGGCUUCCACUGAAUCUCGAUGAUAUUGAUUCAUUCGCCCCUGUGUCGACAUUUGCAACUCUUCUCACUCAAGAAUUAGCUGCUCAUGAGGUGGUGCAACCAGAGCCAUUUUCAAUGCGUUACGUCACGAACACGGAAACAGAUAGUGCUACUCCAAAGCAGUCACAGAGCUUAGAGCAGCAAGCAUCCGUCCCUGUCACUUUUCCAUCCACAAUUAAAGCGUCCGGACCUUCGUCUGAGAAAGGUUCAAUGAAAAUCGUUCUAAUUGGGAACAAAAACUCGCUCAAGAGUGAGAUGCUUCACACCUACUUGAAUCCAAAGGAGGCUUCCGAGACGAAAUAUGUGCCACCGGGGCAAAAUACUUUCAAUGUUAUAGCUAGUUUCAACCGAAAGAAGUACAAUAUAUCUUUGCAAGACACAACCGGACAAGAAAAGUAUCACAGUCUACGCCAGCUUAGCUAUUCAAACACAGACGUGUUUCUGGUUCUCUCAAAUGAGGAAGUUGACACAGAUUUAAAGUCUGUUAGAGAGCUGUGGCUUCCCGAAAUCUCAUAUUAUUGCCCCAGUACACCUUGCAUUGUGGUUAGAACUGGAAAACGGACGCAUUCAUCAGCCCCGUCAUCUCCAGUAGUGACGAGAGAAAAACUGAAUCGCUCCUCAGUGACGAUGAAUUAUGGCUCAAAAACCUUCAAGCAAUUGUUCUGUGACAUAUGGGAUCCGAAGAGUGUUAGGAUCAUAUUUGGACAAGACGAAGAAAAGCAGGUACAUCUACAAGUGCCAGCUAUGAUCACUUACUACCCGAGGCGGGCCAACUCGGGCCCAAUCAAGUUCAGGCUUAAGGAAACCACCCACCGCCCCGUCCUCAAAUUUAUCUUAAUCGCAUUGAACUAUGUAUAC